AUGAAUGGGUAUGCGCUUAUGGACCGUUUUCUUGAAGGGUUUCUGUGGCAGCGUACCGGGCGCCUUCACCUUGAAGGAUUUGCAAGUGAAAUGUUACUACUGCUGUCACUAAUCGUGGCGUUUAAUGGUUACGCAGAAGCAAGGUUGGGUUGCAAAAACAUGAGAGGAAAAGAUGUUGACUGGUUUGUUGCCAUUAAACUUCCGGCGAGAGAGGAUGAAAUGGAAGGUAGAGGUUUUGUGUAUUUCGAUGAAACGCAGCUUAACUGGAAAAUGAGCCCUGAGCCAAUUGAUAGCGUCGAAUCCGCGAUUGGAGCUACCGUUGAUCAACUGUACGAUAUGAAUGAGAGGAGCACGUUUGCUAUCGCUUACAACGACAACAGUCCUAAGGGAGAAACUGGGGGAGGUCGCGGUCACAGCAAGGGAGUGGCAGUGUUCGAUAAAAAAGUUGGAUUCUGGUUAAUCCAUAGCGUGCCAAAGUUCCCACCAAUUAAUAAAUAUAGCUUUCCCCGAAGUGGUGAGAAAUUUGCGCAAUCGUUUCUAUGCCUCACUCUUAGUGUGGAUAUGCUGGAAGAUGUGGGGCAGUAUAUGCGAUUUGCACAAGUUACACCGUAUUUCUUCAACUUGCCAGAGCUACACGAAUUCAUGGCACCUUCACUCUUAGAUGUCGUUAGCAAAAAGUCUUUGCCACGAUCGGCAACUGCCUUCUCAACAAUUCGUUCUAUAAAAACACUAGGGGGUAAACAAGCGGAAGCAUUCUCGAAACAUAAAAAGUUUGGCAAAGAUCUGUGGCAUGAUCUUAUUGCCCCAGUUCUCAGAACACCUAUGGUAGUUGAGACAUGGAGAGGUGGAAGUGCUAAAGAUCUCGGAACGCAAUGUCACAUAAAACAAAAUGUAUACGAUGUCAACGUUGUGUCCCUACUUGGUAAUUCGUUUGAGAACUCACAAGAUCACUCUAAAUGGGGUGUUUCUAUGAGAUCUGGGAUACCAGCUGUAUGCAUAGGAGGCAUAAAUAGACAGGUAUCUCAGUUUAAACGUGGUGGUGGCGCUGUAUGUAUAGAAGAUCGAAAUCUAUGGGCUACGUUCAUAGAUUCCGUCAGUUCAUACGAGAAUUGUGCGUAA